UCUUUAGCUGGUAGAGUAAGUCUGGUGGUUUGCCUUCCCCGAGGCCGCGGCUGCCAACGGAGGGAGCCGCUUCGCGUCUCUUGGGUCCCUCUACCUCAUCCCUGGGUGUGGCCCUGAUGGUGCGGCAGGCUCUGGACUCCUAAAGCUCUGGAGCGCAUGUUAUAUUUUCUAAAAUAUCCGGUUUACUUCUAUGGGAAAAGAGUAUGCUGAAUUUAAAAGGAUUGUAUGGGAAGUGGAAAGACUGACCAGUUUAGGAGAUAAAUUUAAGAAGAUUUUGUUCAUGUGUAUGGCGUAGAAGAUGAAUUCUUCCUCCUCCACCAUGAAUGAAGAACCUGAUGCUCUAUCGGUAGUUAACCAGCUACGGGAUCUAGCAGCAGAUCCGUUAAAUAGAAGAGCCAUUGUCCAGGAUCAAGGAUGUCUGCCUGGCCUUAUUUUAUUUAUGGACCAUCCCAACCCCCCUGUUGUCCACUCAGCUUUGCUCGCUCUUCGAUACUUGGCAGAAUGCCGUGCUAACAGAGAAAAGAUGAAAGGAGAACUGGGUAUGAUGUUAAGCUUGCAAAAUGUUAUACAGAAGACUACAACUCCAGGAGAAACGAAACUGCUGGCCUCUGAAAUCUAUGACGUUCUUCAGUCUUCCAGUACGGCAGAUGGUGAUAGUUUCAAUGAAAUGAAUUCACGUCGAAGGAAAGCUCAGUUUUUUCUGGGAACUACUAACAAACGUGCCAAAACAGUGGUUCUGCAUAUAGAUGGUCUUGAUGAUACGUCUCGGAGAAAUCUAUGUGAAGAGGCUUUGUUAAAAAUUAAAGGUGUUAUUAGCUUUACUUUUCAAAUGGCCGUUCAAAGAUGUGUGGUGCGAAUCCGUUCAGAUUUGAAAGCAGAGGCUUUGGCAUCAGCGAUAGCGUCAACCAAGGUUAUGAAGGCUCAGCAAGUUGUGAAAAGUGAAAGUGGAGAAGAGAUGCUGGUCCCAUUUCAAGAUACGCCUGUGGAAGUAGAACAGAACACAGAGCUGCCCGACUACCUGCCUGAGGAUGAGAGUCCCACAAAGGAGCAGGACAAAGCCGUGUCCCGGGUCGGUUCACACCCGGAGGGUGGAGCUAGCUGGCUGAGCACAGCUGCAAACUUUCUAUCCAGAUCGUUCUACUGGUGACUUUCAGUUUGGGGCUCAAGGACUGUGUGAACCAACAAGGGGCCAGUUUUCCAUUGUGGUGGUGAACUGUCAAGUGCAAUUUGCAAUAAGUUAUCAUGAAAAGUUUUUAGAUUACAUGAUUGCAUAUGCUGCAUUUUACACAUUCUUGGACAUUUUACCCCACUAAGUGGUACAAGCGACAGAGGCUGCAGGUGGAGCUUUGUUUCUGAAGGUAUCUUGGUUUUGUUUUCCUCUGUUUAAUUGCCUCACUUUAAAAUACAUGGGUCCACUGUUAAACCAAACGUAUAUAUGUGCAGCUUUACAUUUUAUUUUACAUGAAGCACGUGAUUAGGAACACUCGUUUUCUCCUCAAGUCUCAGGACCUAUCUGAAGAGAAGUGUGUUUUAGCUCACAUUGUGCAUGAAUUAUUGAGCAUUUUUCUCUGCUUCUCUUCAUGGAAGAUGCUUGCUUUGGUACCCUUCCCUGAGAGAUAAAAAUGUUUCUCAUCAUGUCCCUUUUGUGCCUUUUUUAUUUUGCCAACCAUGUUUGUAGAAAGGACAUUACUCAUGACAUUUUGUGGAUUAAAAUAUAUUCAUUUGAACGUUAACAGUCCCCUAAAAAUACAGCUCUACACAGACUUUGCAAUCUUAUUUGUUAUAAUUUUCAUAAGAUUAGCACAGAAAAGGUUGAGAAGAGGGAAACGUGUAUCAGCAAAGUGCUAGUGGAGACUAUUUGAAGGCGACCAAACGUGGUUCCAGUUGACUGCUGUUCCAUUUGGUCUGUAUCAGCUCUUGAGAGUUAUGUGCACCAUAGUAUUGGGUCUCUAGGCCAUACUUUGUCAUUACGCACUAUCCCCUGCUAGAAAAAAACGUUAGUAGUAAAGAACUGACAAAUUGGAAAAAAAGAAAACAAAAAUUAAAUGCCUAUAAUGCCAUAGUGCCAUUUGGUAGAGUCUAACCUUAAAACAAGGUGAAUCGCUUGGCAGAUGCGUAUUCAGUGGGUGUUUCCCUGUAUUGCCUUGUGUGAAUUUAUUAUGAACCUGCAAUGGCAGUGAAUGAAAAAAGACUCAAAUUAUUGCUUAUAAAGAAAUAAAGCCAGCAUUGGUCCACCUAAUCUUGUUUCUCCUGUCCAACCAGAAAAAAGAACUUCAGUGAAGGUAAGAUAAAUAAAUAUAAAUAUAUAUACAUACAUAUUUUUUGGUAGAUAACUAAUUACAUAUAUGGGAUGCUUUAUUAAAUUUCUGAAAUAUUUGGCAACUAAAAUUUUCCUUUUGGACAUCCAACUAAAUCCAGAUAAAUUCUAAUGCUAAUACAAUUAAAAACCAAUAGGAAGGAACUGUAAGUCUUUUUCACCAACAUGGAGAGCCGCUAUUUUACUACUUGGCAAACGUGAAGUGAAAAUUGCACCCUGGAGGGUUGCCUUGCAUUUCCAUUGCUUCUCUUUUAGAGAAAAUUAAAAGCAGCCAGUGUUACUGGAAAAAAUUAUUGUAAAAUACUUCACCAACGAGAAUCUUGAGUUCACGAACAUUGUGACCUUCUGGAGGGAGGGGUAUUGAGGGUAUUGAGAGUAUUUUUUCCUGUGUCUGGGCUCUGAUGCAGGUGACACGCACAACUGAAGAUGUAAGCUUUCAGGGCAUGUAUUGCCUUAACUGCAUAAUACAACUUGCUGCCAGACCGGAUGUGAUGAAAAAGAUAACAAAACCACCUCCUUACUAUAGCCUUUAAAACAAAGUUUACUGUUCUGUUUUAACAAGUUUGUAUUUUAUUUUGCGUUGCCAUACAUCUGCUUAUUUAAAAAACUCCAUCCCUUUGGUAGUAAUCGUUCAAUACAAGUAGGUAUGACAGCUUGAUGUUUGUGUCUUCUAAUGCUAAGUGUUCUUUUAUUCCAGGUCUUAUAGAGCAGUUAAGGCAACUGUAACAGCAUUUUUUGAAAUAUGUUGUAAAAUAAUAAAAGGUAACAUAAUUAAAAGUGAA